GUUGAUUGAAGUCAUACAUAAAAAUUUAGUGCGUUCUAAAGGAAGAGUACUUAAAAACGAGCAAUGCACAAUAGAAGUACGCCUAUUAUCUUUGAUGUGCCCCCCACUUUCAAAGUAGAGUCUAUUGUUGGCCAGGGGGCCUACGGCGCUGUCUGCAAAGCCACCUUCCGUGAUGACCUGAUAGCCCUUAAGAAAAUUCCGCACUAUUCCAAAAGUGAAGAUGCGGCCCGGCGUGUGCUGCGAGAGAUUGAAGUGCUACAGAAGUUGCAGUUUUGCGAGCAAAUCGUGGGCUGUAGAUUAUUCUUUCGUCCCACGAGCGGGGAGAAGGAUGUGUACGUGGUGAUGGACUACAUCCCCUCGGACCUCUCCUCAGUGAUUAAGAAUAGCCAUAUCCCACUCGAUGAAAAUAUCGUACGCUACAUCAGCUGCCAGCUCUUUUUGGCAAUCCGCGCGCUGCAUCGUUGCAACAUCCUCCACCGUGACGUCAGCACAAGAAAUAUUCUUAUUCAUUACAACUCACAGGUGUUUCUGUGUGAUUUUGGUCUCAGUAGGUUCUUCGAUCCUGAUGAGCAACUGUCCUUUGGCGUCGUUACGCAAUGGUAUCGGGCCCCGGAAAUCAUCCUGGACGCAGAGUAUGGCUACCCCAGUGAUGUGUGGAGUGUUGGGGUGAUUUUAGGCGAGCUCCUGCUGCGUCGCCACCUCUUCCCUGGGAAGCCUAACGACUCAGCAAAUCAGCUCAACCUCAUUUUUUAUCUCAUCGGGACUCCACCAGCGACUGUUUUUGAUCGUGGGCAGCCCUUCGAAAAGGCAAGCGUUAAUGCGAAGAACUACACCUUGGCGUACAUCGAGCGGUGUCCUUGCCCAUCAACGCUUGUCAAACUUCUUUCUUCUUCGCAUACCUUAGCCAAAAGCGGUACAAACCCACAGAAAUCUCCUUUGGUGCAGUUAGUUGAACAGCUCCUUCAGUUCGACCCAAACAAGCGCCCUAGCGCUGAUGAGGCCUUGCGACACCCAUGGUUCGACCCGUGCCGUGAUUUUAUCAAUGAGAUGAUUACGCUGCAGGAUAGCGAACCUAUUCCACAAUUUACCUCUCCUAAGAACCGUACAUUAGAGAAUCUCUUGGCGUGCAUUGAGGAGCGAGUACCCAUCUUUUGCGAAGAUUUGCUAGUGGAGGAUGAGGCGGUAGAUGCAGGGAAAUCGGGUGCGUGA